AUGUCUGCAAAGCCCCUUUGGUUCAGGUGGGCCCGUGUCUAUUUCGCAGGUGCAUGUAUCAUAGGAACUGGUGUAUUGCUUUAUCAAACAAUUAGACCAUCAGAUGAAAAGUUGAUUUCUCAAUUUUCACCAGAGAUCAGAGCCGAGUACGAAAGAAACAAGGAGCUAAGACAAAAAGAGCAGCAAAGAUUGAUGGAAAUUGUCAAGCAAACUGCUGCUUCAAAUGAUCCCAUUUGGAAAACUGGUCCUAUUGGAUCGCCCUUGGAGAAGGAGCAACGGAAUCUAAGUAUGGAGUUGGUGGAUAAAGAGUUGUUUCACAAGACGAAAGCUGAGGAAGAACAAAAGGAAGCUAUUAAAAAGAGCGUGGAGCAGUCAAAGGAGCUCGAGCAGUUGUUACAAGAGCAAAAGAAAAAGUCGAGUUGGAACAUCUUCUCCAGGUGA